AUGGACAUGAUCGUGGUAGUUAUUGUCACAGCAACUUUCUCCUUUCUCGUAUCUACUGUGUUGUCAUUACACGAGGAACAUAAUAACGAUGAUCAGUUAGAGGAAAAUAAUUUAAGGAAAGGGCCAUGGACAGCUGAAGAAGAUGCAGUCUUGGAAGCAUAUGUGACAGGACAUGGACCAGGAAAUUGGAACGAGGUCAUGAAAAACACUGGAUUAGCUCGUUGUGGGAAAAGCUGUCGUCUAAGGUGGACAAAUCAUCUAAGACCAGAUCUGCGAAGAGGUGCAUUCAGCCACGAAGAACAACUUAAAGUCAUUGAGUUACAUGCUUUAAUGGGAAAUAAAUGGGCCAAAAUAGCAUUAGAGUUGCCUGGACGAACAGACAAUGAAAUAAAGAACUUUUGGAACACAAGAUUGAAGAAAAGGAAACGUCUUGGCUUAUUAGACUACUCAGAUGAUGUAAAACCAAAAGCUGGUCCAGAAGCUUUCACUUCCUGUGUCAAUGACUCAGAAGCAGAAGCAGGUACAUCAUCUUGUGUACCACAUUUGGCAUUCAACAAUGUCAGUGAAAAUCAAGCACAGUGUCUACCACCAAUUUCUGAGGUACCUGAAGACCAGCUUCAUGAGUUUGCAUGUUCAAAUAACCCUUCUUGUUGGGCAUCAGAGUCGUCUCCAUUGUCAUGGUCACUUGAUGGUGACUCAUUAUUAAAUGAUUUAUCAUUUUCAGCAUUUGAUGAUUUAUCAUUCCCACCAUUGGAUGAUGAGUCAUUGACAGUGAGAGAGGCUCUUGAGGGUGAAACUAAUGAGUACUAUGUACCACGUCCUCCUGGCAGCAAUGGGUAUUUGGAAUCCAUAUUUUAUCCACCAAAGGUUUUGGAAGAAGCAGAUGAAGCUUCCAAGCAAGGGAAUUCUGGUGACUUUAGAUGGGCAGAGGAUCAUGAUAAGGACUAUGAUGAUGCUAUCAAGGAUACUUUAUUUGGGUGA